CUUCUUAUAUUCCAUUAAAAAUAUCGAGUGUUUUUUUGUUGAGGAAGGGAAGAUAAGUAUUGUUGGUGUAGUCAUUAUUGGUUGAUGUUAUUUCAGCAGUGAACGAGACAAAAAUGGAGUGUUUUGUGAGUGAAGGAAGAGCACAGCUGUGUCUUGCUAAACUCUAGGGUAGAGUGACUUCAGAAGAGACCAUUGCUGUAAUUAAAACUACAGUAGUACAAUGAUAAGCUAUGAAGGAAUACAAGAUGCAGUAACAGCUAUCGUUGUAAUAUUUGUCGUCUCAUUGGUUAUAGCAGCAGCAUGGUUAUCCACAAAUGUGAGAGAACAGCCUUUAGUAGCAACAGCUGUAGUGGUGUUUCAGAGUGGUCACUCGGUGGAAGGGGAGCGAACUCUUAGUGAUAGUGGUCAGAGCCAGAGAGAGACUCAGGGCAGUGGUGAGAUAGAAGGAGAAGCUUCUGCUUUAAGGUCAACUUCUCAAAUGAAAGCAAGUAGAGAGACUAAUGUCACUGAGGGAUCAGAAAUGGAAAUGCCCCAGAGAACUGGUAGAGAACUAGCAGGUGGAAUCCAAAGUAGUGAAGCCUGUGACAUAAGCUUACCACAGCCAGAAGUUAGUAAAAAUUCUGUACUUGGCAGUGAUAAGAAUGAUCCCUCAACAUUAGUCUCACGGUCAGAUGAAGUUGAUGAGAGACAGCAUCUCACUCAAGAACCAAGCAUAAAUGAAAAUGUCACAAAUCUAUCUAGAAUUUCUUCUAUUCCGUCCCAUGUAUCAUCUCUGGAGAAGUUGAGAGACAGCAUGCCUGAGAUGGAAGUUCGAAAAAGACGGUUACAGCAGUUCAUGUCUAUGGGUGAAACUUCUACUUGUUCAGAGACCCAUGCUGAUGCAUCCAUUUCCUCUGAAGUUCCAGAAGUAAAAGAUCUACAGAAUUCCACUGAAGAAAAAUUGUGUGGGUCUGCAAAUGGUGCUGCUGUAGAAGAUGCAUGUAGUCAUGCAACUAAAACUGAGGAUAAUAUUUCCCCCUUACCCACUGACUCACAGCCAUCACUGAAGAAGGAGGAGGAGGAGGAGGAGGAGGAGGAGGAAAAAAGACCUCCUGGAAGUAUAAGAAUCCGCUUGAAGUUUCUUGAUGAAACCCAAAAAUUUGUAUUUGCUCAGCCUACUGAGCAAGUUGGCACCUUUAAAAGACAACACUUCUCCAUUGAAAUGGAUGCUAAUCGGCGGAUUCGGCUUAUUUUCAACGGUCAGCUGUUGAGCCAAGAUACUUCAACUCUUGCUCAGUAUGGCUUGUUUGAUAAUUGUGUGGUUCAUUGUCAUGUAUCACAGCCACAGCAAGCCAGCAGAGGCAGUGGUCAGUCUGGGGAACGUGCAGCACAAGUGGAAGAAGAUGCCUAUGUCUCAGGACUACUGGUAAACAAUUUUACACCAGUGUUGUUCCUCAUUCUUUGAUGUGUUGUGGCUUUG